UUUUUUUUUUUUUUUGUGUCGCUUUUGGCGCAGGCUGUUGCAUGUAAGCGCGUGGCAUUUUGGCGCUUUUCUUGAAUGUGGUAUAAGAGGAAAUUGUGAGAGCGUUGGUUCCUCCAGGGUUCUUCGACUCGCUUCUGGUCCUUCUUUCUCUCUCUCUCUCUUCUUUAUCCUCUUCAACCCACAAUAUAACAUACAACUACUACGCCAUACAUCAUCCUCCUACACCCAACCAUGUCGUCGACUCAGUGCCCCAGCGGCAACUCUGACCUCUACGGCGUCGGCGUCCGCGUUGGUCUCUACGCCCAAUGGGUCGCAACCCUCCUCGUCACCGUCUUCGACCCCAAGACGGAGAGCACAUACCGCAUCGCCAACCUCAUCAUCCAGUGGUCCAUCUUCCUGGGCCUCUGCACGCAGUCCAGCCAGGGGGACCCCGUCGUCGGCGCCAUCAUCACGCAGUACCUGCUCUUCGGCUCUCUCUCCAGCGUGACGGGCGACGGCAUCAAGCACUUUAGCCACUUUUCGGGCAUUUUCCGCAUCGUCUUCUACACGGCCGUGUCUGCGUACGGCUGCUGGUUCUGGUACGAGGGGAUAGACGAUAUGUUCAUCCCGGGGUGCGCUGAUGUUGCCUUCUUCGGGGGUGUGACUAUCCACGGAUGGUUCCGCACUCUCGGAAAGGUCGUUUCCGUCCUGGGAGUUGUGAUCUGCGUCGGUCUAGUCUUUUACAGCGUCUAUGCGACCAAGAAGAGACUUAACAAGGGCUUUCGGGAAGGGUUUGGGCGCAGAGAAAAAGUUCGCCCGCGAGUCGAGUUGGUACUGCUGGUGCUCUCGAUGGGCUUGAUCGGCGUGUCCAUCUCCUUGGUGGAGUAUCUCAUCCAGAAGAACGAGAUUGAUGGAGUGGGGAGGAAAGAAAUCGGCACGGUUGGCCAACUGAUUCCGCUGUUGGCUGGCGGGUUGGGAUGCGCAAUGAGUGUUUGGAAGAUUCUGGUCCACCGUCUAUUUUUGAAGAAGAGAUGCUGGUUCCUGUUUGGGUACCAUCUUUGAAUGGUUUGCCUUCUCUUUACACCACCAUGUCCUAUUUUUCUUCUCUUCUCUUUUUUUUUUCUUUUCACAGCUUGCUUUUGUUACGGACAAUCAAUGAUAAGAUACCAAUUUUGGGUUGGGCGUUUUUGAAUACAGGUAGAGAAGAGCGACAUGGACACUGUCACGAUGGUUUACGCAUACAUAGCAUUCGACUUAGUGUAUUUCUCUUAAAGAAUAGAUCAGUCAUUGCAUUCCAAAG